AUGCUACAGCUAUCAUCGCAACGACUGCCUCGGCUGUCUCACCUCCUCCUCGCUGCCGGCUGUGCCUCAGCAUCAACUCUCGUUCUGUCCAACUUUGAGGACAUUUCAUCAAAGGUUACUGUGUCAAGCAGCUGCCGCAGUGCCUACAACACCCCUCUCACUAACUGCGACUUUGACGAUUUUGGCGACAACGCAUGCUCUUCGAAGUGCAAAUCGUCGCUUCUAGAAGCCCAAAGCAACAUCCAGAGCGACUGCGCUGAUGUUACCGUCAACUCGAGCUCCCUGCUAUCUCGCGCGCUGAAGGGCGAGCUGGUCCAAGUGACCUGCAAGCAUGUGGAUAAUGAAGAUGCGCAGGAGUCCGCGACUACCACGCUCCAGACACGCACCAAUUCCAAUAAAAACCAGAUGAUGGAGACCUCGACGAUUACGAGGAAGUCGUCAUCAACGGCCGAAAUUGGGACGGCGACCGCGACGGCUUCGGAAGCGAAGCAAACAACUUCACUUGUGCUCGCAGGCGAUGAGCCAUCAGCAAGUGUGGCAUCGGGCGGAACAGAAACGGCAUCCGCCGGCGCGACCGAAACAUCAAAAUCCAGCAGCCUGGGUGGCGAUCCAUUCGCGUCGAGCAACGACACUGGUUCGGGCUCGGGUCGAGUCGCUAGUUUGGGAUAUGCCUCGUUGGUGGUUUCCGCAGUUGCCUGUGUGAUGGCAAUAAUUUGA